CAAAACAUCACAAAGGCGUCGGGUGAAGUUAUCACUCUCUCGCGGCAGUGAUAUGAAACAGGAACCCGGUCAACCUUGCCAAGCCGAAGCUUGUGCACUCCAAUCCUGCAUUUCAGCCAACACGUACUCUCCAGAUAAAUGCGAAGCCCAUCUCAAACGCCUCUACCAAUGUUGCUCCAAAUUAUAUCAAGACCACACGGAGAAAAAUGAUUCAAAACGUGCCAGUGACGCCAACUUAUCGACAGCGUGUCCAAUGCCGAGUGUAGUUGAACGCUGGCUCAAGAACCAUCCAUCAUGAUCGCUCCAAUUGCAUAACGUUCCUCCAACCUGAAAGCGUAAAGGUCGCGUCACGUCUCCUAGAUGUUACGAAGAACCGGCUAUUGGUUUUACAUGCACAGCCAUACCGUUUUUUAAGCGCGCCAAAGGCACGCAUCACACUAAAUAUACCUCCACCGACCGCGAGGCUGUGGCG